UUUUUUCCCCUUCCUGACCGAAAGGGCAUUUAGAGAACACUAGCGGAUAAAAGCUGAGGUCUCCAGCAGUCCCAGGCACCAGGGGACAGCGGUGACCAUGCAUGGCUCCACGGAAACCAGGAUGCAGCAGCUGGGUUCUGUGGAGGAUGAAGAGUGGAUGGUCACUGGCACCAGGUGUUCCAGUAAAAGCUCCAGACUACGAUCAAAUUCUGGAAUCAAGAAUUUGGCAGGAUGCCUGGGACACAGCCCCUUGGUCCUGCAGCUGUUCUCCUUCCUGUUCCUGGCUGGGCUCCUGCUGGUCAUUCUCGUCCAAGUUUCCAAGACCCCAAACACCCAGGGGCAGGAGGAAUCCAAGCUUGAAGAGAUCUACCAGGAACUGACCCAGCUGACAGAUAAACUCCUGCCCAAGACCCCCAUCCCCCAGGGGCAGAAUGAGUCCAUGCAGCAGAAGAUCUCCGAGCAACUGGCACAGCUGAAGACUGAACUCCAUGUCUCCAGGAUCCCCAGCUCCCAGGGAUGUAAUGAGUCCAUGCAGCAGAAGAUCGCUGAGCAACUGACGCAGCUGAAGACUGAACUCCUUUCCAGGAUCCCUAGCUUCCAGGUGCAGAACGAUUCUAAGCAGGAGAAGAUCUACCAGCAGUUGGUGCAGAUGAAGGCUGAACUCUUCCGCCUGUGCCGCCCCUGCCCCUGGGACUGGACGUUCCUCCUAGGAAACUGUUACUUCUUCUCCAAGUCCCAGCGGAACUGGAACAAUGCGGUCAAGGCUUGCCAGGAAGUGGAGGCCCAGCUGGUCAUCAUCCAAAGUGAUGAAGAGCAGACCUUCCUGCAGCAGACGUCUAAGGCUAAAGGAACAACCUGGAUGGGGCUGUCAGACCUGAAGAAGGAAGCCACAUGGCUGUGGGUGGAUGGCUCACCUCUGUCGUCCAGAUUCCAGAAGUAUUGGAAUAGAGGAGAGCCCAACAACAUUGGGGAAGAGGACUGUGUGGAAUUCUCUGGGGAUGGCUGGAAUGACUCCAAAUGUGAACAACAAAAGUUCUGGAUCUGCAAGAAGUCUGCAGUCCCGUGCACUGCCAGCGUGGACGAACCUGUCUCAGGCUCACGCCAGCUCCUCUCCCUGCCUGUUGGCCUUAAACGUCUAGGGAGUAGGCAUCGGGGACAACAAAUAAAAGCUGUGGUCCCUGGAAGUUCCAGACACGAAGCAAGAGCAGUGAUCAUGAGCUACACUGCGGAACCAAGGGUACAGCAACUGAGCUCUCCAGAGGAUGAAGACUGCCUGAUCAGUGGUACCAGGCAUUCUGUUGUCAGCUCUGGAUUACGACCAAAUUUUGGAAUCAAAAGUUUGGCAGAGUAUCUGAAGUGCAGUUGCAACCCCUUGGUCCUGCAGCUGCUCUCCUUCCUGUUCCUGGCUGGGCUCCUGCUGAUCAUUCUCAUCCUAGAUGGCUUGUGUCAGCCCUGCCCCAGGGACUGGGUGUUCUUCCAUAGAAGCUGUUACUUCUUCUCCAAGUCCCAACGGAACUGGCACAACUCCAUCACUGCCUGCCAGGAAGUGGGGGCCCAGCUGGUCAUCAUAGAGACUGAUGAGGAGCAGACCUUCCUGCAGCAGACUUCUAAGGCUAAAGGACCAACCUGGAUGGGGCUGUCAGAUGUGCAUAAUGAAGCCACGUGGCACUGGGUGGAUGGCUCACCUCUGUCACCCGGCUUUGUGAAGUAUUGGAAUAAAGGGGAGCCCAACAAUGUCGGGGACGAAGACUGUGCAGAGUUCUCUAGUGAUGGCUGGAACGAUAUCAAAUGUGACACCCUAAAUUUCUGGAUCUGGUUUCUGGACCGAGGCCACAUUCCUCUGGUGCUGCAGCUGCUGUUACUCAUUCUCUUUGCUGGACUCCUCGUGGCCAUCGUCAUCCAAGUUUCCAAGAUCCCCAGCUCUGAGGAAUUGCAGUGGGAACAGACGAAGCAGGAGAAAAUGUACCGGGACCUGAGCCAGCUGAAGUCUGAAGUUGAUAGCCUCUGUCGCCGCUGCCCUUGGGACUGGACAUUCUUCAGUGGAAACUGUUACUUCUUCUCCAAGUCACAACGAGACUGGCACAACUCCAUCACUGCCUGCCAGGAAAUGGGGGCCCAGCUGGUCGUCGUCAGGAGUCAUGAGGAGCAGCGCUUCCUGCAGCAGACUUCUAAGAAAAAUGGCUACACCUGGAUGGGGCUGUCAGACCUGAACAAGGAAGGUGCAUGGUACUGGCUGGAUGGCUCACCUCUGUCAGACAGCCUUGAGAAGUAUUGGAAUAAAGGACAGCCCAACAACAUUGGGGGACAAGACUGUGUGGAAUUCAGAAAUGAUGGCUGGAAUGAUGCCAAAUGUGAAGAAAUGAAAUUAUGGAUCUGCAAAAAAUCUGCAACUACCUGUUCGGACAAGAGCAUGCAGAGCACCUUCCAGUACUGUGAACACGGGUCGGUAGAGGUGAAGGCUCUAGGUAGGCACCAGCUCAGCUUCUCUACGUUCAGUGAGAGUCGAACCAUGAGUGACUCCAAGGAAAUGGGGAAGAAGCAGCUUGGCCCUCUGGAUGAGGACCAAAUGAUAGCCAGCCCCACCAGGUACUCCAUCAAAGGCUUUGGCUUCCAACCAAAUUCUGGAUUCGGUAGUUUCACUGGGCACCUGGGCCUCGGCCAUGUCCCCUUGGCACUGCAGGUUUUCUUCCUGGUUGUCUUCUCGGUGCUGCUGCUGGUCGUCCUUGUCAAAGUGUUCAAGAUCCCCAGUUCUCCAGGACAGGAGCAAUCCAGCCAAGAGAAGGUCUACCAGGAACUGACCCAGCUGAAGGCUGGGGUAGAUCGUCUGUGCCGCCGCUGUCCCUGGGACUGGACGCCCUUCCAAGAAAGCUGCUACUUUUUCUCUGUGUCCCAGAAGACCUGGAAUGAUUCUGCCACGGCCUGCCAGAAUGUGGGGGCUCAACUUGUAGUCAUCAAGAGUGAUGAAGAGCAGAAGUUUCUACAACAGACUUCUAAGAAGAGAGGCUACACUUGGAUGGGGCUCAUCGACAUGCAUAAGGAAUCCACAUGGCACUGGGUGAAUGGCUCACCUCUGACGCUCAGUUUCAUGAAGUAUUGGAACGAAGGGGAACCCAACAACGUAGGGGAUGAAGACUGUGCGGAGUUCAGAGGGGACGGCUGGAACGACACCAAAUGUGACAACAAGAAAUUCUGGAUCUGCAAAAAACCCAAAACUUCCUGCCCUAGCGAGUGAUGGCCAGCCUCUCUCCACUACCCCCACAGCCCAAACACCCAGUUCGUUACACCUGUCUGCGGCCACUGAUGCUGUCACAGGAUCUCUGGGACUUUCCUCUGGCAGGUAGCUUGUCUCCCGAGUGGCCGGACCACGGCUGUGUAAUCCUCCUUUGGGUUAGUGGAUGUGGCUCUGGUCCACCUUUGCCUUCUAAUGAAGUGGCCGGGUCUGAGAUGUAUCCAGGCCCUUGAGUGGAUUCCUUUGGUUUCCUCUGUCUUCCUUUCUGAGUCCAGAGCAGGUGUUGCCAUGUGUAACUGAUGACACAUCCUCUGUGGCUUCCUAACAUCUCAGAGUACUUUCCUCCCACCUACUAAGUUUUUAUCUACCUACCCCGCACGCCUUUCUAUGGAUGUCUUCCCUGAUUUCAGGAACUCAGUCUGUAGGCUAGAAGCACAAGAGAACCAAUUCCUCAUCCAUUAGUCAUGAUCAGGAAUUAUUGUGUUAAUACCCUGGCUCUCUCUCCACCCCUUGGGCAACAUGGUAAGCCUCCAUGUUUUAGACCCUGAGAUUGACCUCCCAAAUAUUUGGAAGAUUUGUAAAUUUUAUUGAAUUUGCUCAUUGACAAUUUUAUAUAUAUAUAUAUGUAUGUAUGU